AUGGCAAAGGGCACGCGUGUGGCGACGCAAGAAGUCACUGGCGACAGCCUGGAGAAUUCCGGGGAGCUUGACAAGAACGAAGAAGAGGGGGUCUUCCUCCAGGAAAAGAAGGGGGACGAAGGGUGCUUGCUCAGCAAGGCCGAUAUGCUGAGGCUGGCGGAAUGGAACCGCGUGUUACCGGAGCAGGUAGACCAAUGCGUUCACGAGCUGAUUACGGAGUGGUGUCAGGCCCAGCCGGAUGCCCCUGCCGUGUGCGCGUGGGAUGGCGAGUUCACCUACGGCGAGCUGGACGCGCUGUCAUCAGCACUGGCGGUACAUCUGGCCGAGCGCGGCGUGGGACCUGAGAUGUUCGUGCCGCUGUGCUUCGAGAAGUCGCGGUGGACGACAGUGGCGCUGGUGGGAGUCAUGAAAGCCGGUGGGGCGUUCAUGCUCUUAGAUUCUAGCCAGCCGCUGCUGCGAUUACAAGAGCUAUGUGCUGCCGUGAAUGCCACGCUUGUCUUGUCUUCUCCGACAACCGAGAGUCGCAGUCAACAGCUGGCGGACACUGUGAUUGUGUUGAGCAGUACUUCGGGAUUCCUUUCGUCAUGCGACCUACAUGGUGAUCGAGCCACAGCCCUCACGCAUUUUCACCAUGCUGCCUAUGCCACCUUUACGUCCGGAUCCACGGGAAAGCCCAAAGUCGCUGUGUUUGAGCAUUCGGCAUAUUGCUGCGCUGCCUUGACUCACAGCAAGGUGAAUGGUCUUACCAGAGAAUCCCGUGUCCUACAAGUCGCAUCGUACGCGUUCAGUGUUAGCAUUAUACAAAUACUCACGACUUUGAUGGUUGGUGGAUGUCUUUGUGUGCCGUCAGACUCUGAGUGUCAUGGCAACAUCGCUGCAGCAGUACGCAGGCUGAGAGCCAACUGGGUCCUUUCUACCCCCUCCUUCCUGAGAACAGUCCGGCACGAAGACAUGCCCAGCUUGAAACAUGUUAUCUUUGGAGGGGAGACGCCAGUACAGAACGACAUCGAAGCGUGGCCAGACCAUGCUCAAGUGGCUAUCGGUUAUGGCUCCGCCGAGACUGUAUGCUGUGCCUUCGCUCCAAACGUGGGACCUCGCUCUAGCCCACGACUGAUCGGCAAGAUGAUUGGAAGUGCUGGAUGGGUCGUUGAGCCGGACAAUCACCACAAACUGGUGCCUCUGGGCGCCGUUGGAGAGUUGCUUGUGGAAGGACCAUUCCUGGCACGAGAAUAUCUGAAUGAUGCAAAAAAGACCGCCGAAUCUUUUAUCGAGGCUCCGAGUUGGUUCUCCACGUUUUGUAAGAGGUACAACCAAACAUCAAGACAUGGUCGAAUGUACAAGACAGGCGACCUGGUCAUGUACCACGCGGACGGCAGCCUUACCUUGGUCGGGCGAAAGGACACGCAGGUCAAGAUUCGCGGCCAAAGGGUGGAACUAGGCGAGGUCGAGCAUCACACGCGUCGAAGCUUCCCGGGCGCGCGCGACGUGGUGGCCGACGUGGUGACGCCGACGGAGGCCGGGCGGGUGCCGAUGCUGGUCGCGUUCGUCUGCGUGGACAACCAGAACCAGGAAGAUAGGAAUGGUAAUCAAGACGAGAGCAACAAGGACAAGGCGGACAAUAUCUUCGCGGCGCCUACCGACGCCUUCCGUGCGGCUAUCCUGGUGGCUGAGACUGCACUCCACGACGCCGUGCCGGCAUACAUGGUGCCAGCUGUGUUCCUGCCCCUAGUGACUGUACCUCUGGCUAGCACUGGAAAGACCGAUCGCCGUCGGCUCCGCGAGCGCGCGGCCACUCUUACUCGAGCUGAUAUCCAGGCCUACUAUCCCAUGGCGGCCAAGCGCCCACCCACCACAGCUGCGGAGCGGACACUCCAGCAGCUUUGGGCACAGGUCUUGCAAGUCAAGUCGGAAUCGAUUGGUGUGGAUGACAGCUUCUUCCGCUUGGGCGGCGACUCAAUUUUGGCAAUGGACCUCGCCAGUUUGGCAAGGUCUCAAGGCUUAGAACUAUCUAUUUCGGAUAUUUUUGCACUACGACAGUUGAGUAUGCUGGCUGCAGUUCUUGUCCAAAGCCCGAACGUCGACGCGAGCACGAAUGUUGAACCCUUCUCGCUUCUGGAUCCUCAACAGAAACACCAGGACCAAUUGCUUCAGGUUGUUUUGAAGUCCAUCGAUGUUCCAUUCCAUCACAUCCACACCAAAGAGUCUCUCGAGCCGGUUUGGAGAUCCAUCUGUCAGGUCGAUUCGAACGAGGAACUCAUUUCGGGUGAGCCACUUGUUAAGUUCACCCUGAUCUCACGGUCAGAGACAGAACACUUAUUCACUGUCCGGCUCUCACAUGCCCAGUACGAUGGCUUUUCGAUUCCAUAUGUUCUUCGCGAUAUUGUGGCUGCUUACAACCAAGACAUUCGAUCUGGCCCGGCUCACGCAACGUUUCGUGACUACGUGUACUACUGUUCCAACAACUCCUCCGACUCUGCAUUCGACUUUUGGAAAGCCCUUCUGCGAGGCUCGGUGAUGACAAUGCUUCCAUGUUCGGACCUACAAGCAGAUCAAGUCUCCACGGAGAUCCACGAGAUCGCUUUCGGAGACCUCCCCAGCACCUUAGAGGAUAUUACAAUCCCAACAUUGAUCAACGCAGCUCUCUCCUUCGUCUUGGCUAGGUUGACCAAGACGGACGAUGUUGUGUUUGGAGCGGUGACAAAUACACGUGCCAUUCCAUUGCCACAGGCGAAGACAAUUCUCGGGCCUUGUAUCAAUCGUGUCCCAUUUCGAGCUUGCCUCGCGCAGGUCCGCACCGCUUUUACGUGA